CAAACGUUCAACGAAGGCUCUCCGGUCUUCGAGUCCCUCCUGCUCCCUAUUUUCAUUAAAAAAGCCGGUUCGCUGUCGCGGCUCACGAGUCAUUCCUCUUCCGGAAACGAAAGAAGCCUCUGCUUCAUAUCUCUGCUGCUAACGCAGAUUGAUCUUUGUGACACCGAAAUCGCCAUUUCUGCAUUCCCUUGCUCGUUUCUUCUUUCUAUAUAUCAGAUCAUAAUCCCACUAGGAGGUUAGACCUCUAUAUUCCACCUCACAAGAGAGAUUAAGCGGCUAACAAGCACUGGAAGUCUAUCAGAAGUAGAAAAGAAGGAUGCAUGCUUCUACGGCUGGAUGUAUUAGACAGUCAAAUGUCGUCACCAGCCUGGAUAAUGCAGGAGGUGCAAUCUGCAGCUUCUGCGGUAGUUGCUGAAGCCUCUGUCUCAGGACCACUUGUUGCAGGGCCAAAUAUUGGCCCUCCAACUCCAACUGCUGCUCCUCCAGCUCCAGUUGUCGGCCCACUAACUCCGAAGGUUCCAUACAGUACUGCAAGUGAUUCAGUGCAAGAACCCGUCAGACCGAAAUUUGUCAAUGCACCGGGAUAUGUUGUUCCUGCACCUUCAUUUACUUACAAUGUGAUUCCUAAGGCUAACAGUUUGUCUGGAAGCUCUCAGCACCUUUCAUCUAGUAAUGCUUUAAAGUCAAAUCCAGUAGAGUCUGCAGCAACACUUCAGCCUCCAGUACCUGGCCAGUCUUCAAGUGGACCCACUUUGUCAUACAAUCUCUCACCAGCUAUAGUUGGGACCCCUAGUGGCCAGCAGUUUCAGUCAGGAAAUGUUAGUAUUUCAGGUCGCUCAGAGGGUGCUAAGACUUCUGCAACACCUGCAGCAUCUCAACAACCUAUAGUUCCAGGGCAGCCUGGGCAGCUUACUCCAUUGGCUUCUGUAACUACUGCUCAAAUCAUGCCACCUCUGAUACCCUCCCCUGUCUCUGUCCCAAAGGGAGCCUCAUCUAUUGCAGCAGGGUUUUCGUUUGGUGGGAUUUCUCAAUUGGCACAGAAGGAUCCAUCGUCAAACUCUAAUGCCUCAGCUACAGUUGUAAAAGGAGCUGGGACUACAUCAGCCACAUCGUCUAGUUCACAGUCUGUACCAUUAUCUGUUAAUACUUCAAGUUCUUCAAUGUCUCUUCCUGUGGCUCGUAACUCAUAUCCUGCAACUAUGUGGAUGUCCACUGCUCCAUCUUUUCCUAGUUCUGUGGGAAUUCUUGGAACACCUGGAACACCUGGACCACCAGGUAUAGUUCCAUCUGCAUCAAUGUCUACUGUUUCUGUCCGGUUUGCCGCCACAGAUUCUUCAUCCUCUGUGGUGCCAAGACCCCUGAUAACAUCUACAACUGCAGCUCCGUCAAAUCCAACCAUGCAACAGCCAAUAUAUCCCCCCUAUUCCCCUUUACCACCUAUGGCUCCAUCCUCCCAGGGAUCUUGGCUAACCCCACAGAUUGGUGGUUUGCAGAGGCCUCCAUUUCUACAGUACCCUGGUGUACUUCCUGGUCCCUUUCCUAUGCCCAUACGGGGAAUGCCUGGUCCUUCUGUGCCGAUCCCUGAAUCACAAGCUUCUGGUGUUUCUCCAAUAGGACCCCCUGGAGGAACACCCACAUUGUCUGUGGGAUCUGGUAAUCAGCUGGUGAACAAUACAGUGAAACAAUCUGAAUUAUCCCCCCCAGGAAUUGAUCAAGGGAAACAUGCUAGGGAUGGUGGUGCUGCCAAUAAUGAAGAACUGGACGCUUGGACGGCCCACAAGACUGAGACAGGAGCUGUGUACUAUUAUAAUGCAUUCACUGGAGAGUCAACUUAUGAGAAACCUCCUGGCUAUAAAGGGGAGCCAGAGAAAGUCACAGAGCAGCCAACUCCUGUUUCAUGGGAGAAGUUGGCUGGUACUGACUGGACAUUAGUCACUACAAACGAUGGAAAGAAGUAUUAUUACAGUACCAAGACUAAGGUAAGUAGCUGGCAAAUUCCAGCUGAGGUUGCAGCGAUGAGAAAGAAGCAGGAUGGUGACUCUUUAAAAGAAAAUACAUCAUUGGCACAAAACACUGGUGUAUCAUCUGAUAAAGUAUCUGCUCCUAUUAGCUUGAAUGCUCCUGCCAUUAGCACCGGUGGUCGUGAUGCCACAGCUCUUAGACCUUCAGGUGCUGCUGGGUCGUCAUCUGCACUGGAUUUGAUAAAAAAGAAGCUGCAGGAUUCUACUACUCCAGUGACUUCCUCACCUCUUCCAACUUCCUCAGGGCCUGCCAUGAUGGAUUUAAAUGGUUCGAGAGCUGUUGAAGUUACGGUCAAGGGCCCACAGAGUGAGAGCAGCAAAGAUAAACAGAAAGAUGCUAAUGGGGAUGGGAAUUUGUCGGACUCCUCUUCAGAUUCAGAGGAUGUGGACAGUGGACCUACUAAGGAGGAAUGUAUUAUACAGUUCAAGGAGAUGCUUAAAGAACGUGGAGUGGCGCCAUUUUCAAAAUGGGAGAAAGAACUUCCAAAGAUUGUAUUUGAUCCACGUUUUAAGGCAGUUCCAGGUUAUAGUACUCGAAGAGCAGUGUUUGAACAUUAUGUUCGGACACGAGCUGAAGAGGAACGCAAAGAAAAACGGGCUGCUCAGAAGGCUGCAAUUGAAGGCUUCAAGCAGCUGUUAGAAGAAGUGUCUGAGGAUAUUGAUCAUAAAACUGAUUACCAGACAUUCAAAAAGAAAUGGGGCAAGGACCCACGGUUUGAGUCCUUGGACCGGAAGGAACGAGAGAAUUUAUUAAAUGAAAGGGUUCUUCCACUGAAGAAAGCUGCUGAGGACAAGAUUCAAGCAAUACGUGUGGCUGCUGCCUCUAGCUUCAAGUGAAGGAUAGCCUAAGGAAUGAUCCUAGGUAUAAGUCUGUUAAGCAUGAAGAAAGGGAAAUAUUAUUUAAUGAGUAUAUAUCUGAAUUAAAGGCUGCUGAAGAAGAAGCUGAACAAGCAGCAAAAGUCAAGAGGGAGGAGCAAGACAAAUUGAAGGAAAGGGAGCGAGAAACGCGGAAGCGAAAAGAGAGAGAAGAACAAGAAAUGGAGAGAGUGCGAUUGAAAGUUCGCCGAAAGGAAGCCGUUGCUUCUUAUCAAGCUUUACUUGUGGAAACAAUUAAAGAUCCUCAGGCAUCUUGGACUGAAUCAAAACCAAAACUGGAGAAGGAUCCACAAGGGCGUGCUAGCAACACUGAUUUAGAUCAAGGUGAUACGGAAAAGCUAUUCCGGGAACAUGUAAAGGUUUUAUAUGAGCGCUGUGCACGUGAAUUUAGAACUCUGUUAGCAGAGGUCAUAACUGCUGAAGCGGCAUCGCAACUUACAGAAGAUGGGAAGACGAUUCUUACUUCUUGGUCCACAGCUAAAUGCCUACUCAAAGCUGAUUCUAGGUAUUCAAAGAUGCCAAGGAAAGACAGGGAGACCCUUUGGAGGAGACAUGUUGAGGAAAUGACGCGGAAGCAAAAGUUGGCAUCUGAUUCAAAGCAAGAAAGGCAGAAUAAGGAUACAAAGGAUCGAAGCUCUCUCGAUUCAGGAAGGUCACCAUCAGUGUCCAGGAGAACCCAUGGACAGAGAUAGGUUGUGAAGGGGAUUUGGAGCUGUGUUAUCUUCUUACAUUAGGAUUGGGAACAAUGAGCAGAAAAUCUGGCGAGUCAUGACUGUUGGAGAAAGAAAGAGGAGUAUUUUUUUUUUUUUUUAAAUGGAAUAGAAACUAGAUUAUUUAAAUAAAGAUAAUACAAAUUGUUCUA